UCUUGGUAGUAGAAUUAGUACAACUAUUUGAUCCAUUCAAGAAUUCAUCCUAUUUCAUGAAUUAAAAUUUAGUGAAAUGAACUUCCUUAAACUUUAAUAAUAUCUGUGGACCUUAUAUAUGGCACACAAUUCACUAUCAUGCUGACAGUAUGCUGACUGCUGUGAGCAACUAUGUUAUCAUUGUUUUCAAUGCUAUCUUUCUGAGAAAUAUUGGAUUUGGGACCAAAUUGUUCUUGAUUUGUGAAAUUUCUUAGUUGGCUAGUGGGUGGACAGUGGACUUGCAUAUGAUAAGAUAAUAAGCUGACACUAUUUAUGUACCAAACAAUCUUAAACUUUUCUACAAACAUAACUUCUUUAAGGCCUUGCAUAAUAGAAGGCAGUCGUCUGCUGUUUGAGAGAAACAUAAGGGUGCUCUUCUAGUUAUAUAGUUCACAAGUGGCAUUGUAAGAAAUCCACCAGUAAGAGGGAGAGAGAGUAUACCUGGUACCGAGAAUGAUUGAGACAGGAGAAGAUUCUAUUGUGAAGGAUGGAACUCUUGACAUUCAUGGAAAUCCAGCUGACAAGAAGAAAACUGGGAACUGGAGGGCUUGCUUUUUUAUCCUUGGAAAUGAAUGUUGUGAAAGGCUGGCAUACUAUGGAAUGAGUACUAAUCUUGUAAACUAUUUCAUCGACCGUAUGCAUCAAGGAAAUGCUACUGCAGCAGAGAAUGUCAGUAAUUGGUCAGGGACAUGCUACAUCAUGCCUCUUCUUGGAGCCUUUUUAGCUGAUGCCUACUUGGGAAGAUAUUGGGUUAUUGCAAUCUUUUCGAUGAUUUAUGUUAUUGGAAUGGCUCUGUUGACGGUCUCUGCUUCCGUGAAUGCACUGAAGGAUAUGGCGGCGUUUGCAUUUGUAGCUCUAUACUUAAUUGCCCUUGGUACUGGUGGAAUCAAGCCGUGUGUCUCUUCCUUUGGUGCGGAUCAAUUUGAUGAAACUGAUGAGAAAGAAAGGGUGAAAAAAAGCUCCUUCUUCAACUGGUUUUACUUCUCGAUCAAUGUGGGUGCCCUUAUUGCUUCCUCAGUCUUGGUUUGGGUCCAAACCAAUGUUGGUUGGGGAUGGGGCUUUGGUAUCCCAGCUGCUGCUAUGGCCGUUGCUGUCGUGUCCUUUUUCUCGGGUUCCAGAUUUUAUCGAUUUCAGAAGCCAGGAGGAAGUCCUCUAACAAGGAUUGCUCAGGUUUUGAUCGCAACCUUCAGAAAAAUUAAGGUGAAAGUUCCCGAGGAUAAAUCCAUCCUGUAUGAGACACCUGAUAACGCAUCCAAUAUUAUCGGAAGCCGAAAGCUUGAACAUACAGAUAAACUUAGGUGUUUUGAUAAAGCUGCCGUACCAACUGAAACUGAUGACAUCAAGGGAACUCCAAGCUCAUGGAGACUCUGCACUGUUACCCAAGUUGAAGAACUUAAAGCCAUCAUCAGAAUACUUCCGAUUUGGGCCACGGGAAUUGUUUUUUCUGCAGUAUACAGCCAAAUGAGCACCAUGUUUGUAUUACAAGGCAAUACCAUGGACCAGCGCCUUGGCCCAAAACUCAAGAUAUCAGCAGCCUCUCUCUCAGUAUUCGAUACCCUGAGUGUCAUCUUUUGGAUCCCUGUCUAUGACAAGCUCAUCAUCCCAUUUGCUAAGAAGUUCACUGGAAAUCCACGCGGUUUCACUCAGCUUCAGAGAAUGGGAAUUGGCCUGGUAAUAUCCAUAUUUGCUAUGAUUACUGCAGGAAUUGUGGAGGUUGUUAGGCUGAACAUUGUGAAGGAACACAACUACUACGAUAGGAAAACAAUUCCUAUCUCUAUCUUCUGGCAAAUCCCACCUUAUUUCCUCAUUGGCUGUGCAGAAGUAUUUACAUUUGUAGGUCAAAUAGAGUUCUUCUAUGAUCAGGCACCUGAUGCGAUGAGAAGUUUAUGUUCUGCUCUGUCUCUUACAACCAAUGCUUUGGGGUACUACCUAAGCUCUUUGCUCAUUACGAUUGUGACUCAUGUGACUACGAAGCAUGGGAAGUUAGGGUGGAUCCCUGAUAAUCUCAACAGAGGUCACCUGGACUAUUUCUUCUGGCUGUUGAUGAUCCUUAGUAUUCUCAACUUCUGUGCUUAUCUGUGGAUUUCAAAGCAAUACACAUACAAGAAGGCGGCUGGGCUUGCAAAGUAAUCUUCAAACAGAGUAUUACUUUCUUACAUACAAAGGUCCUUUAACUGCUUGUAAAUAGUAAAGGCGUGGUAAACAUUAAACUUUAAUUUUAGUUUGAAUGGUUUGAUGCUUAUUGAUCCAUAUGUUCCAGAGUUAUUUAUUAUAGUUGAAUGAAAGCAAAUUCUUUAAGAAAGGAAUGUAGUGUGAAAUUUUUAGAGAAGAUCAAUAAGAUUAAUGUAGUCUCUAUCUCCUAGAUUGAUUAUCCGUA